ACUCCACCUCCUCCCUCGCCGCCGCCUCCUUGCGCCCCUCGUCCCCUACACUCCGUUCUUCCCCUACGCUGAUUGUCACACAUUGUUUACUACUGCUUGAAAUGUGACUCACAACACAGGCUAUCUAUUGCACAGACUAUCUACUGGAGUACUGCUCCGUGGCAAUUGAAGGAUUCUUUUGACGCGCACUGUGCGUGUUUGUCAUUUGGGCACAGACUGUGGAGACUACCAUUCUGCCAUGACAGUGGAUUUGUUUGCGCUUUUAUAUGUGAUGGUCAUCACUGCGUCUGCGAUGGAAGUGGGAAGAGGUGAGCGGCUACGACGAGAACCUCAACACCAUCCGGACGUACCAGGUGUGCAACGUGUUCGAGCCCAGCCAGAACAACUGGCUGCUCACCACCUUCAUCAACCGCCGCGGCGCCCAGCGCAUCUACGUGGAGAUGCGCUUCACCGUGCGCGACUGCAGCUCCAUCCCCAACGUGCCGGGCUCGUGCAAGGAGACCUUCAACCUGUACUACUACGAGAGCGACGCCGUCAUCGCCACCAAGGGCACGGCAUUCUGGAUGGAGGCGCCCUACCUCAAGGUGGACACCAUCGCCGCCGACGAGAGCUUCUCCCAGGUGGACUUUGGCGGGCGGCUCAUGAAGGUCAACACGGAGGUGCGGAGCUUCGGCCCGCUGUCCAAGAACGGCUUCUACCUGGCCUUCCAGGACUACGGCGCCUGCAUGUCCCUGCUGGCCGUGCGGGUGUUCUACAAGAAGUGCCCCAGCGUGGUGCAGAACUUCGCCAUCUUCCCGGAGACCAUGACGGGCGCCGAGAGCACGUCGCUGGUCAUCGCGCGGGGCAUCUGCAUCCCCAACUCGGAGGAGGUGGACGUGCCCAUCAAGCUGUACUGCAACGGCGACGGGGAGUGGAUGGUGCCCAUCGGGAGCUGCACGUGCAAGGCCGGGUUUGAGCCGGACAACGGCAACGUGUGCAGAGCGUGUCCCCCAGGCACCUUCAAGUCCAACCAGGGGCCAGGCCUGUGCCUCCAGUGCCCCCCCAACAGCCGCUCAGCGGGGGAGGCCGCCACCGUCUGCAUCUGCCGCAACGGCUACUACCGAGGGGACGCCGACCUGCCGGACGCACCCUGCACAAGUGUGCCGUCGGGCCCGCGCAACGUCAUCUCCAUCGUCAACGAGACCUCCGUCAUCCUGGAGUGGCACUCGCCCCGGGAGACGGGGGGCCGUGAAGACGUGGUCUACAACAUCGUGUGCAAGAAGUGCCGCUCGGACCGCCGCUCCUGCUCCCACUGCGACGACAACGUGGACUUCCUGCCCCGGCAGCUGGGCCUCACCGACACGCGCGUGUUAAUCAGCAACCUGCUGGCUCACACCCUGUACAGCUUCGAGAUCCAGGCGGUCAACGGGGUCAGCAACCGGAGCCCCUACCCGGCCCAGCACGUCUCCAUAGACAUCACCACCAACCAGGCCGCACCGUCCAUCGUUCCAAUCAUGCACCAGAUCAGCUCCACCAUGAAGAGCUUCACGUUGUCAUGGCCGCAGCCCGAGCAGCCAAACGGCAUCAUCCUGGACUACGAGCUGCGCUUCUACGAGAAGGACCACGCCGAGAUCAACUCCACUGUACAGCGCAGCAAGACCAACACGGCCAGGGUGGUCAGCCUGCGGCCGGGCACCGUCUACGUGGUGCAGGUGCGAGCGCGCACCGUGGCGGGCUUUGGCAAAUACAGCAGCAAGAUGUGCUUCCAAACCCUCACAGAUGAUGACUUCAAGUCAGAGUUGAGGGAGCAGCUUCCUCUGAUCGCGGGGUCUGCCGCAGCCGGUGUGGUCUUCAUCGUUUCCCUGGUGGCCAUCUGCAUCGUGUGCAACAGAAAAAGGGCAUACACUAAGGAGGCCGUUUACAGUGACAAGCUGCAACACUACAGCACGGGGCGAGAGCUCUCGUUGCGCGCCGACAUGUCUAACUGCCCCUCCCCGCUUGGCUGCCCGACCCACUUCUCAGGCUCCCCGGGGAUGAAGAUCUACAUCGACCCCUUCACCUACGAGGACCCCAACGAGGCCGUGCGAGAAUUCGCCAAAGAGAUCGAUGUCUCCACCGUCAAGAUCGAGGAGGUCAUCGGCGCAGGUGAAUUCGGAGAGGUCUACAAGGGCCGUCUAAAGCUCCCGGGCAAGAGGGAGAUCUACGUGGCCAUCAAGACCCUGAAGGCGGGCUACGUGGAGAAGCAGAGGCGGGACUUCCUGGCCGAGGCGUCCAUCAUGGGCCAGUUCGACCACCCCAACAUCAUCCGUCUGGAGGGCGUGGUCACCAAGAGCCGCCCGGUCAUGAUCGUGACGGAGUUCAUGGAGAAUGGCGCGCUGGACUCCUUCCUCAGGCAAAAUGACGGGCAGUUCACCGUGAUCCAGCUGGUAGGCAUGAUGCGGGGGAUCUCUGCGGGCAUGAAGUACCUGUCGGAGAUGAACUACGUCCACCGCGACCUGGCCGCCCGCAACAUCCUGGUCAACAGCAACCUGGUGUGCAAGGUGUCCGACUUUGGCCUCUCCCGCUACCUGCAGGACGACACCUCCGACCCCAGCUACACCAGCUCUCUGGGAGGGAAGAUCCCCGUGAGGUGGACGGCGCCGGAGGCCAUCGCGUACAGGAAGUUCACCUCGGCCAGCGACGUGUGGAGCUACGGCGUCGUCAUGUGGGAAGUGAUGUCGUUCGGCGAGCGCCCGUAUUGGGACAUGUCCAACCAGGAUGUGAUCAACGCCAUUGAGCAGGACUACCGCCUGCCCCCGCCCAUGGACUGCCCCAGUGCCCUGCACCAGCUGAUGCUCGACUGCUGGCAGAAGGACCGCAACGCCCGUCCCCGCUUCACUGACAUCGUCAGCACCCUGGACAAGAUGAUCCGCAACCCCGCCAGUCUCAAGGCCAUGGCCAACAUCCCUGCAGUGCCUUCCCAGCCACUGCUGGACCGCUCUAUACCAGACUUCAACACGUUCAGCUCAGUGGAGGACUGGCUGGCUGCCAUCAAGAUGAGCCAGUACCGGGACAACUUCCUCAACUCAGGCUUCACCUCCUUGCAGCUGGUGGCGCAAAUUACCUCCGAGGACCUGCUGAGGAUAGGCGUGACCCUGGCCGGCCACCAGAAGAAGAUCCUCAGCAACAUCCAGACCAUGCGCGUUCAGAUGAGCCAGUCGCCCACGCCGAUGGCAUGACUACAUGCGGCGCUGUCCCGCGACGAGGGCAGCAUUCGGAGGGCCAACGGUGGCCCCCGAAUGACCCCCGAGCCGUCGGAACGCGCCAGGGUGGAAACUAUUGUCUUAAUCUAAUCCCAACCACCGCCACCACCGCCACCACCGCCACCACCGCCACCACCACCACCACCACCACCACCACCACCACCAAGGAGACCAGGGUUCCUCAUGAAGGCACGGGGGUACACUACACAGCGACGUGUCCCGCCUGCCCCCCAAAUCCGAGUCCAUCCACACCAAGGAAGUUCAGGGUCCAGACUUGGAAGUUGUCUUACUCUCUUUGAAGCCCCGCCCCCAUCCUCCCUUACUCUCCUUUCCUUUGCCAACCCCCCUCCCCCUCCCCCCCGGUGACUCAGAGAAAGACGGAACGAUCACCUCGUGCUUCAAGACUGCCAUUUUUGUUUCGUCACCACACGCUUGCUCCUCCUGACUCCUCCUCCUCCUCUCUCGUCUUCGUUGAGGACAGCGACGCCUGGACCUCUCGCACUACAUCACGCAUCGUGUUUGAAAUUAUAAAUAACGUCUUGCGUAAUAUCUUGCCUCAUCUGGGACACGUUAGACUGUUGAAAGUGACAAGUGUGAGACAUUUAGAGCGGGCAUGGAGGAAAAGGAGGCAGGUGGUGAUUCCUCAUCAUAUCCUGUCAGGUGACGCAGUGCUGCCUCUGUGAUUGGAGGAAAACAUGCCUUGAACUGGUCAGCGUCCAGUCAGCAGAGCUGAUCCGUGAGGAAGGAAAACAAACAAAAAAAGCAAAUAACGAUAGCGGCGACGAGUUAGUGAACAAUACAGGGAUAUACAGCUGGGUACUAUAACCACAUACUUUAAGCAUAAUAUUUUUCUUGUUAAAAAGGAUUUGAAAGUUGUUUUGUCCUUUUUUUACUUAUGUGUCUGUUUCAUUGAAUUAUGUUGUGUUGCGAUCACUAUAUCAAGAAUGUCUUUCCCGACCCCGCCUCCCUCGUUUAUUUUUUUUUACGUCAACGCUACCUGUAGUGGUGGGAGGCCCGGGCAACGAAGGACCCUUCUUAACCAGGCCCCCCCACCCAGAUUCAGAUAAUAUACAUAUGUUUAUCUCUUGCUAAAUAUAAAUAUAUCUCUCUGGAUUAAAGCCUUCAUAUUGAAGGUGACAUGUAUGAAUAUGUAUGUAAAGAAGACUCUCUCUCGCUUGCAUUUUUGGCAAAGACAUGCUUAGUGACUGGGGGUUUCGGCGAUAGACGAAAGACGGUGUGUAGAUUCUUGUGGUGCACCACUUCCCUGCAGAUGAUGAUAUAAUAUAAUAGACACUGUGUUAUUUUGUCUCCCCACCCCUUUGAUUCAAACGGGGUCAUGAGGUGACAUUCCAGGUGGGACUUUCAGCCUGGAACGAAACUGUAUAAAGCAUUGUGUACAAAGAACUCUUAAUGUAGAUCUAUAUGAAACUUGUCGUAGGGAGAUACAAAGUAAAUGGCAAAACUAUCCAUUGUUGGGAGAUAAUGUUUAAAUGUGGGUGUGCCCAUGCUGUCUAUUGCUGGUGAGCACUUACUUGUACAGAAAUGUUUUUUUUUUAUUAUUAUUAUUAUUUGUUUGUUUCUUUAUUUAGUUUUAGUUUUUUUGUCUUCUGUUGCAAUCUGUUGUUGUUUGAAAAACGUACGCUCUUGGCACCAUCCAGACAAGGGAAAGGAUACUCCGCAAUACGGCUGGCCAAGAUCCAUGGCUAUGGAUUCGAGCCACACACCCACACUCUCUCUCCCUCUCUCUCUCUCUUUCUCUCUCGCUCUUUCUCUAACACACACACACACACACACACACACACACAGAGGCUUCGCCGCCAGUCCCGGAUGUAGACAGUCAAGCUGGAGGUGUUCUGGAAGCCAUUUUGAGACGUUCAGAUGAGCCAUUUUCAUCAAAGGCCUGAUGGCCCCUCUCUGUGGUACACAACAGAUGGAGAAACUGAAUAUUGAGUCACUGUUUGAAUGUGUAUGUGUGUGUGUGUGUGUGUGUGUGUGUACUCUAUGUCAGCGUGUGUGAGUGUGUUUGUGUGUCUGUGUGUGAGAGAGUGCGUGCACGCAUAUGCAUAUCGGUGCAUGUGUAUCCUUGUGCAAGGAAAUGUUUGUGAGCGGGGAAGUAUUUAUGUGCACAGAAGUAGGCUAUAUUGUCUUACCUCCUUUUUCUGUCUUUAUAUAGCUACCACUUGUAAAUUGUGACGAGUAUGUGUCAACAGUUUGUAAGCUGUAACUUUCUGAGAACCAUUGUACUAAAAUGCACUCAAUAAACGCCUUGGAAAUCAA